CAGACGAGUUGCUGUUCCCGGCUAUUUGACCGCUUCGCCCAGCCUUAUAAAGCCUGCUAGAAUGCUUCUCACGUCAACGCCCGUAAAACGGCCGAAGAUGAAACUUUCAUUUCCUCUGUCUCCGUUUGUGACUAAAGAUACAACAUCCAACGACGGAGAUGGGUCGUUCUAUAACACAGAGAAACCCUAUUGGAUCGUUGGCCCGGUGGUGUCUAUGGUGCAGUACCCACGCCUGGAAGUAGACUCUCCUGUGGCUGGACCGGUCCAUGACCAAGCCGCAUCCAAUGUUACGCCAAAAGAAUCCAAUAGCCAAUGGAAAUCUUCUCCCCACUUCGGUGGACCAUUCAGCCUGGGGUCAUCACCAAUGAAGACACAUAUCGACGCUGCUGUGGCACGAGCGGACAGUAACCCGGAUCUGAUCGGAGACGGCACAUUCACGUUCUGCUUGCCGACGGUACCGGGAAAGCACCAGGAUCUCAAAUCGAUCACAUCGGAAACCCUGACCAAGGUGAUCAACCACGAGUAUGAUCACAUCCUAGAGAAGUACGUGAUCAUCGACUGCCGUUACCCGUACGAGUAUGAUGGCGGCCAUAUCCAGGGCUCUGAGAACGUGUACACCAGAGACGCCCUGAUUGAAAGAUUUAUUAAAGGCGCUGCUCUAUCCAAAACUGAAGGACGACGAAAAGUUCUGAUUUUCCAUUGUGAAUUCUCCACAGAACGAGCACCAAAGCUGUUGAGAUAUUUGAGAAACCAGGAUCGAGAACAUAACGUGACCAGGUAUCCAUCCUUGUACUACCCGGAAGUGUAUGUUUUACUCGACGGCUACAAGGCAUUCUUCUAUUCUCACAAGGAGCUCUGCACACCCCAGUCAUACCAACCAAUGAAUGACGAGCUUUUCGAGGAAGAACUGUGGAAAUUCCGGAACGAGGCCAAACACUGGUCUGGGGAUAAAAAUAAACGAGGGCUGAUAAAAACCCGUCUGUCAGCACUGAAGGCUGUUUACACCUGUUGAUGACGUCACUUGGAAUUGAGUGAUGUCACGCUUUAAUGUUGACCUUCUUUUCAGUUAUUAAAG